AGCCGGCGCCGCGCGCAGCCGCGCCGGGCGGCAGGCGACGGAGCGGGGAGGGGGGGGGGAGCCGCCCGCCGCGCUCGCCGCCGCCAACCCCCCGCGCUCGGGGGCGGCUGCCCCCGGCCGAGCCUCCAUCUGCAGCCCGGCGGCGGCGGCAGCGGGAACAUGGCGGACCUGGAGGCGGUGCUGGCCGAUGUCAGCUACCUGAUGGCGAUGGAGAAGAGCAAGAGCACCCCGGCGGCCCGGGCCAGCAAGAAGAUCACCCUGCCCGAGCCCAGUAUCCGCAGUGUUAUGCAGAAAUAUCUUGAGGAAAGGGGUGAAUUAACCUUUGACAAGAUUUUCCAUCAGAAAAUCGGAUUUUUGCUUUUUAAAGACUAUUGCAUGAAUGAAAUCGAUGAAGCUGUCCCUCAACUGAAGUUUUACGAAGAGAUAAAAGAAUAUGAGAAACUGGAUUCUGAGGAUGAGCGUCUCACCAGAAGUCGGCAGAUUUAUGACACAUAUAUAAUGAAAGAACUCCUGUCAUGUUCACAUCCUUUCUCGAAACAAGCUGUAGAUCAUGUGCAAAUGUAUUUAGCCAAGAAACAAGUGCCAGCCAGCCUUUUUCAGCCAUAUAUAGAAGAAAUUUGUGAUAGUCUCCGAGGAAAAAUAUUUCAAAAAUUUAUGGAAAGUGACAAGUUUACUAGAUUUUGUCAAUGGAAAAACGUAGAACUAAAUAUUCAUCUGACCAUGAAUGAUUUUAGUGUACAUAGAAUAAUUGGAAGAGGGGGAUUUGGUGAAGUGUAUGGCUGCAGAAAAGCAGACACUGGAAAAAUGUAUGCAAUGAAAUGUUUAGAUAAGAAGAGAAUCAAGAUGAAGCAAGGAGAAACAUUAGCCUUAAAUGAAAGAAUUAUGCUGUCUCUUGUCAGUACAGGAGACUGUCCUUUUAUAGUGUGUAUGACCUAUGCCUUCCACACCCCUGACAAACUCUGCUUCAUUCUGGACCUGAUGAAUGGAGGAGAUUUGCACUACCACCUCUCCCAGCAUGGAGUGUUUUCUGAAAAAGAAAUGAGGUUUUAUGCUACUGAAAUCAUCCUGGGCUUGGAACACAUGCACAAUCGCUUUGUUGUGUACAGAGACUUAAAGCCUGCAAAUAUCCUGUUGGAUGAACAUGGGCAUGUAAGAAUAUCAGAUCUUGGACUGGCCUGUGAUUUUUCCAAAAAGAAGCCACAUGCUAGUGUAGGUACCCACGGAUACAUGGCUCCGGAGGUGCUCCAGAAGGGAACGGCGUACGACAGCAGUGCCGACUGGUUCUCCCUGGGCUGCAUGCUUUUCAAGCUGCUGAGAGGUCACAGUCCUUUCAGACAGCACAAAACCAAAGAUAAGCAUGAGAUCGACCGGAUGACACUCACCGUGAAUGUGGAGUUACCAGAUUCGUUUUCUCCUGAAUUAAAGUCCCUUUUGGAAGGGCUUCUGCAGCGGGAUGUUAGCAAGAGACUUGGCUGCCAAGGGAGAAGUGCACAAGAAGUAAAAGAGCAUCCUUUCUUCAAAGGGAUCGAUUGGCAGCAAGUCUAUUUGCAGAAGUAUCCUCCACCACUGAUUCCUCCCCGGGGAGAAGUAAAUGCAGCAGAUGCUUUUGAUAUUGGAUCCUUUGAUGAAGAGGACACUAAAGGCAUUAAGUUGCUCGAUAGUGACCAGGAAUUAUAUAAGAACUUUCCUCUGGUAAUAUCGGAGCGCUGGCAGCAAGAAGUAGCAGAAACAGUUUAUGACGCAGUGAAUGCAGACACAGAUAAAAUUGAGGCGAGAAAAAGGGCUAAAAAUAAGCAGCUUGGCCAUGAGGAAGAUUAUGCACUUGGGAAGGACUGCAUUAUGCAUGGAUACAUGCUGAAAUUGGGGAAUCCGUUCCUGACUCAGUGGCAGCGUCGUUACUUCUACCUCUUCCCAAACCGACUUGAAUGGCGAGGAGAAGGAGAGUCACGGGACUUCUGGACUAUUUAUACAAAAAAACAUAAACUGCAAAAUCUACUGACAAUGGAACAGAUAGUAUCUGUUGAAGAAACACAAAUUAAAGAUAAGAAAUGCAUCUUACUGAGAAUUAAAGGAGGAAAACAGUUUGUCCUGCAGUGUGAGAGUGACCCAGAGUUUGUUCAGUGGAAAAAAGAGCUGACAGAAGCUUUCACUGAGGCACAGAGGUUGCUGCGUCGGGCUCCGAAGUUCCUCAAUAAAUCUCGCUCAACAGUUGUAGAGCUCUCCAAACCACCCCUCAGCCACAGGAAUAGCAAUGGUUUGUAGAAGAAAUAGAGAACAAAGUUCAUGUAGGGAAAGCUACUUUGCGAACAUGUCACGUUCCACAGAAUCAUUAUUAAUGAAUUACUUUGUACAGUCCUGGAAGCAGGACGUACUUAGGAGAAGAAGAAUUAGAUGUUUACAGCAUGGGAUAAUGUCAGAACUGGGAACCUGGCGGCUGUGAAGACGGAAACGAUGGCAAGUGAGUUCGUACUCCGACAGUGGUGGGAGUUCCCGGACGUGGAGGCUGCCUGUUGCUCCCAUGCAUUCCCGCACCCCGGCGGUGUUGAAAAAUGGUCCGUUACUCUAGAACUACUGAUGGAAGGAAGAUACUGUUUUCUCUGCAAUACCUUUGUUUGGUUUAUACCAAACCUGGAAACUGAAAUGGUUACUGCUGGCUAGGAUUUACACUUCUGCCUGAUAGCGACAAAUCCCUCAACUCUGGAAGGAGCUGCAGACUUGCCGUGUUGGAGAACACUUGAUCUGUCGUGUUGCCAUGUUCUUUCCGACCAUUACUGCUGACUUUGCUAUAACCUUUCUCCAUACUGCUGAUAAUCAACAGUGUGACUCUUAUGCACUUCGAAGUACUGAAUUCUAACUGUCCUGUGGUUUAAAUGUUAUUGCUACUUCAUGGAAACAUUGAAGUCAAAUUAUUCACUUGGUUUGUUGUACUCACUAAUAGUAGCUACCACCGUUUUGCUUCUCCUACGUAUACGCAGUACUAUAACUGACACAAUAGAGUAAUAAUUGGUGAAGAGGAAUUUAUGGUAGCUUCAUCUAGUGCUCUGUUGUAUACAUUGACUAUUUUAGCACAGUUUUUAAAGAGCAGAUUCCUUUUGACAAGUUUACAGUGAAUAUAAAGACAGUUCUUUUCCAUUUCAGGUCAACUGCACUUUUUAAAAAUUAAAAAGAAGUUGUUCAAAUCCAGUGCAUUCUAGUGCAUGUACAUGGGUUAAAAUGUAUGGGUACCUUGGUACGUAUUCUGGAUCACCCUUCAGUUACGGGACUUGUGGAUCCUUCUCUGUUUUACACAAAAACAUAAGCAAGUGUGUUCUCAUAGCAUAAAUAUCCCUGACUUUCAUGGUAGCCAAGCUCAGAAGAGUCACGUGUACAUCAUAGGGGUCGGCUUGCAGAAGGAUUUUUAAUUUUCUUUUCUAGAAAAUUCAAAAUGUCCACACUGAAAACAGCUGGAGAGUACUGAGAAUGGAGCUGACAGAAUGAGUUGAUGAAAUGCCAGAGCUAUAUUAAUUUUACUGAAGACAUCAGUCAUGUCAGAUGGAAACUGUUAUUUUGCAAAAGUAAAGAUAUAAUCUCUGUUAGACAACUUUAAGCAUGUCAAGUCAGCCUUUCCCUGGUUGUUAUGAUUUUUAUGAGAGAGAGAGAAGUCAGGGCUGAGUUUAAGCGUUCUUGUGAUUCUGUAAACACCUUAAGAACAUUUUCUGCCCAAUUACAGUGGUACAACUCGCACAGUCCCUCAAUAUAGUGGGAAUUGUGUCUCUGUAAAUGGGAGAAGAAGUUACACCAACAGCCUGCUCUGUUUGCCUCUUGUGCACGGUUCGUGUCCAGCUUGUGUUGCUAGCAGAUCACCAGAGAGUUUCCGACCUGUUUCCUUCAAAAUAUAAAUUGGCAAAAACACAGGAUUUAUUUCAGAAGUAUUUGCUUAUCCUGAACACACUUGUGAUAAAAUCAGAUGUAUUUGCUUCUGAAAGUGGGAGUGGCAAAACUCUUUGCAUAGCAUGUGCUUUGACAGCUGUGCAAACUCUUUGUUAUAAUCUGGCAUAGCAUACAAGGAAAAAUGCAUAUUAAAAAAUACCUCGUGUCUGUCAGAUAAUAUUUUUAAUGAUAUUCCCCAUUUAUUUUUUUAAUUACUAUAUAAAAAGAGUACCAAGCUAUGAGUCCUUCUCACUGGUAAGUGAUGUUUAGUGUCUGAGCAUCCUCUGUAAGGAGUAGUUGUGGUAUUUACUGAAGUCUGGAAUAGAAAAUGUCUCAUUUUAUUGGCACUGACUGUGUAUUGGAUAUUUUAGAGUUUUUUUCUACAGUACCAUGCAAUGCUCUUAUUUUUCACGUUGAUUUGAAAAGAAAACUCAGAUUAUGAUAAAAUCCACUCUUAGUUCUCAUGUAACUUAUUAUUUUGCUCAUGUUUUCCAAGUUCACUAUCUACUCCAUAUUUCUCUUUUAAUUAUUUUCCGUAGCUGCUUUUUAUGGUAAAAUCGUUUGGGAGCGGUUGCUGGUUUCCGACACAAUGUACCGUAGAUUCUGGGUUGCUGCUAUCCGUGAGUAGGGGAGAGAUGUUCUCUGUUGAGAAACUGCCUCAAAAACACAGAUUUUUCUAUGAAACCAAGGCUGUGUAUUGACUUGCAGAAGUAUGUUGGUUUCGAGGUGUAAUGGCGUUGGGGUGGCCCUGGAACACGUUCAUUACUUUGUCCUUUAUUGCCUCAUUUGUGUAAGUAGCGAUUCGAAACUCUGGCAGCGAAGCUGUGCCGUCGGUCAGCUCUCUGCGGGCAAGUGUCAGGUGGCAGCGGACUAGUGAAGGAAAUGUAGCGUCUGUUUCUCUUUAAGUCUGACUUAAGACAAUUUAUAAAAAGCUUCAUGUUUAUGACACACGCACAACUGUGCUUUUGUGAGUGAGAGAAGGGUUACCCUAGCAAAAACCUCAGGUGCACGUUGGUAAGAUUACUCUCCCAGUAACAAGUGGAUUUCUGUGUGGAAAGAAUUGGAUCUUCUGAUGUAGAGAGAGCUUUGAAAUUCAGCCACUCAAAACAGAAGAUUUGAUAGAUAACUGCUUUUAACUGCUAAUUCCUAUUUUAGAUACCAAAUUCUCUAAAGUUCCCUCCCCCCGGACAAACUUUACUUUGCUUGAUGGUCAUGAGCGUUACAGUUUAUGUAUUUUAACCACACUCGUGUUCUGUGUUUUUGUUAGACUUUCAGGAAGGUAAAAACAAAAGAAAUUAGAGCUUCAAACAGUUUUUUAAACAAGUUAAUCUGAAAGUCUUUUUUAAAUUUUCAGCUGUAAUGAAGAUUGCACGUAGGGAGAUUGUCUCUUAUAUUUUGAAAUAUAAGAAAGACAUUCUAGAUGGGGUCGUUUAAACGCUCCUCUGACAUAACCCAUGUUCCUUCAGAGUUGCAGGGAUGAUUUUCUCACCGUUCUUCGUCUCUAACGUUACGGCUGAUAAACGUGGUAAGACCAGAUUUGAGAGUGUAAGUUCGUGAAUUACAUGAUCGUAAUAAGAUGUGUGAUUUUGGGAGGAUCUGGACUUACAGGGCUUCGCAGUGACUUUUAGAAGAGUUGCAGCUCCGUUCUGUGUGCUUUUCCUUCUUUUUCCCACCGUGAGGUCAGCAGCAUUUUUGAGACGCGGGAGUUACUGUAGGUUAGUGCCACACUUCAAGACAGGGACACAGCAAAAUCUCACCAAAAUCAGCGAGACUUUUCUGCAUUGAAAUGCAAGUGCAGAAAAGGCAAAGCCCCAGUUAUCCAUACUGCGGCAAAGCUGUGGUUGCGGCACCGUCCCGGGUUGGGGUGCGCGUGGUUCCCUGGCACUGCGAGGGGGCUGCGACGUCCCCCCGCUGCAGGAGGAAAUUAGGCACGCUUUAUUAUUUAAAUUCAGUCAGUACUUUUGUUGCAAAUCUGCGAAACUGUUAAAGGAACAUUUGUUAAUGUUUCUUCAAAUCCUUCCUCUAAUUCAGUUUUCUGAAUUGAAAGGCUGCUUCAUACGAGCGUGCUCUGCCUUUAUGUCACUGUCCCUGGUCCAGUAAGAUUAAAGGCUGCGGUUUCAUACGUUUCUUCUCAUAAUACUGCCUUGAGACAAGUCCUGUUGUUGUAAAUACAGGAGUUGAUGCCACUUUCUUUGACAUUUCUGGUAUUACACCCCCCUGUUAGACCUCAAAACCCGGCUGUGAGCAUGCUGACCGCAGGUGGGUGGUGCAUGGGGAGGUCUGGCGCGUACGGACGCUGCUGUGCCCUCCUGUGCGAGCACGGCCCCACGCGCAGAUCCAUGCAGUAUACCUCAACUGAGUCAGGGUCAAAUUUUCUUGAAUUUCAACAGCUCUCCUUUAGAGAAGUGGCAGAAGUUUUGCUUCUCUUGCUUUUACUGGAAAAAAAAAAAAAAAAAAGCAAAUAGGGUCAUCAGAUUGGUUUUCAAUAUAAAUGCAGGUGUUUGCAGUCCAGUGAGUAGAUAAUAGGAAAUAUUGUGUAUUUGGUGCUAAAAAAUGUUUUACCUAAGUUGUGAUCCUGUGAAAAUGGAUGCUGUUGCUGCCCAAAAGAACUGCUUCGGGUGUUGAUCCUGUGCUGCUGGAGUCAACGGGAGCGUUGCCAUCAACCCGAGCAAAAGCAGGAUCAAGCCCUGUGUGCAUACGAUUACUCAUGUACUGAUGUUUUUUAGGUUUACAGUCUCGGAUGAUAGAAAAUUUGCUCAUGAGAAGUGAAAUACCUGGAGCUCUGAGUGUGUUGCUCUUUUCCUGGCAGCUGGUCAGUUUGAGUACUAAAUUCUUCAAUUCUUCUAGUUACAUAUUUACAUACUGUAGAUGUUCACAGAUCACGUACUUAUUUUACUGUUCCCCACACAGCAGAUGUCAGUGACGCAGUUACUCUUAACUAUGAAAUGUUCACACUCUAAAUAUAUAUGGAGGAAGGACUAUUUUGAACUGUACAGUAGAAAGUAAAUACUACUAGUUGUGUUGAUUAAUAUAAGAAAUGAGUCAAUUCUACAAAUUAAAAAAAAUCUGAAAAACAUAUUUUGAAAAAGCAUAGUAUUAAUUUUAAUAUUGUAAAAAAAUGGAAAAAUAGCUAAAAUAUACAGAGAACAUAUGUAUAUCCAAACGUCUGAGGAAUUUCAAGAUGAUCUACUUCUGUUUUCUGUUCAUUUCUAUUCCAUGGUGUACAUAUUGUGUGGACUGAACAUUGGCUGUUUUAAUACUAUUGUCAAAUUGUAUUUUUAUUUUGUGUUAAACUAAUCAUCACAGACUCAGCUUUAUUUUGUUUAUGUAAAGGUUGCUAUGCUAUGUAGGUAUAAAACCAAGAAUUCUAUUUUAACAAAAAAAAAAACAUUUUAUAUUAUUUAUUAAAUACAUGUUUCUCCAACUUCUGACAUUCCAUAGAAUUUCUGCUCCUUAUAUGUAUAGCUUGUGUGAAGUGGCAGUUCCUUUCAAAUAGGAUCAGUCAGCUUUAUUCUGUUUUUCAUAAUAAAGUCGAACUAAUUUCAGUCAGUCUGUCCAGUUUACCAUUUUAUUAUAAGCACAUUGAGUUUAACGCAUUAAGACCAUCUCUAAGUGCAAUGGCUUAUGAAUGCAGAAGCAUCUAAGAAGUUAUUGCAAGUCAAACCCCCUGUUUGGCUGGUGCUUCUGAAUUUCCCCUUUAUUCCGCAGCGUUCCAGCGAACGAGGUUUUAUUAACCAGGAGACGGUCUCCGAGCCUGUGCUGCGUUGAACGGGCAGCAAUGACCUUAAAUUGGGGCAAGGAAGAGUCAGCUCAGGUAUUUGAAAAAGAGCUCUUUAGUUGCAAGGAUAAGGAGAUGGUGGAACAGAUUUGCCUCGGGAUGUUGCAGAGUUCCCAGCACCGGCGCAGAGCAGGUGAACCUCAGUUUGGAGCAGUUUAGGGAAAGCUCGUCCCGCUCCAGGGCAGGGCCUCGGGCUAGCUGGCGCCUAGCACGGGUGAGCGCAAGCCUGCAUUUCCACUGGAAAUGAUCCUUGACGUUUCAGACUGAUUAUUUUUCAUUAAAAAAAGAUGAAUAGUCCCUAAAAUGGCUUGUGAAGACAGGAGACGUGUCCCGCAGGGACCCUCUGGGAUCAUCUCGGCUGACUUUAGAUGUCGGGCAGCCGGCGGGACGGCGCUCGUCCCGCUCCUUCGCCCGCGGUUAAGGAGGGGAAGAGGCACCUCCACCCCCUCGGGCAGCGAUUCCUGCCCGAACGCGGGUGUCCCAAAUGUCUCUUCCUCUAAACUAGCCAGAUCCUUGGAAAGGGUGUCACGAGCCGGUCGUGCCCUGGGAAUAGCAUGCCGGCGGGGCGAGCGGUUUCGCCCACCGCCGUCCUCCCGGGAGCGGGGCUGCGGCGCCCGGAGCUCCUCCGUGCUCAGCACCCGCUUGGCCUCUGCCCCCAAACGCCUUCGCUGGCUGCCGCCGGGCAGCUCGGGAGCUGACACAGAGACCUCCUGCCCCAGCGAAGUACAAAAAUAGCACUAAAUUCACCAGAUAACUCAUCUGCUAAAAAUAAUUCCAGCGCUAAUGACGGCCUCUGCAGUCGGAGGAAUGCAUCAAAGCGCUGAAGGAGGCUCCGAGCCUCCCGGGACUCGCGGGGGACGCCUGUGCCGUGCCAUGCUGCGGAGCAGCCCCGCCGGAGGACGGCGGCUGGCUUUUCCCGUUACCAUUUUCCAUAUUCCCGUUCUUAUGCUUGCCUCGCUGUAUUUUAUUUCCGUGGUGGAAACCGGAGCGGUAGCGUUGAACCCUUCCGCCCGAGAGCAGCUAGAGAGAGGCAGCGGGGAGGACGAUGCCGAUGCUGUGAGCGGGCAGCGAGUCCCCAGUGCAAAUCUGCUGCGACUUGGGCAGUGCCAAUUCCAGUGUUGCCAAACCAACUUCUCUUACGCGUCUGGGGGCCAAAACGCAGCAAGCGGGUUUUACGCCUAGACUUAGGGUUUGCUCAGCUCGCGGGCCGCCUUGCUGGGCGGGGGCAGGCGCAGGCGGCAGCUCGCGGGGCCGGGUCCGGCGCGGCCGGGGCUCCCUGCUCUGCCGGCACCUCCCCGUGCAGCAACGGGAGAGGCCAACCAGCAGCUCAGAGCGGGACGAACUAAAAAUGAGUCUGAAAAACAGAAUAAAGUAAGAAUAUCCUAGGAGAGGCAUUUUUAUGAGCACUGUUUUAGUGACUAAAUACGGUCCUUCAAAAACAACAAAAAAAGAGGAGCAGAUUCACAUGAAUAGCUACUAGUGAUUUUAAAAAUAUAUAUAUUGAAAGAGAACCUGUUUUCAAUGUGUAAUUUAAUGGUAAGAAAAGCCAGUAUCUGUAAAUAGAUAUUGUAUCUAUGAGAAUCACUAUUUGUUUUAUGUACUUUGCUCUUUUCAUAUUUAUUGCGCCGAGGAGGGGCUGUUCCUGCCGAUCGCUGCGCCCGCACGCCGGAGGCAGCGCGUGGCAGAGCCUGUGCUCGGUUUGCAGUCCUCAGCAGUCUGUGACGUGCCGCCCUCAGUUACUUAUUUUUUUAAAGAACUCUUUUGGAAGAGCUAAGCUGCUUCUGUGUGUUGGUCAACUGCUCUCGUACAAAGAGAAUCCCAAUAAAGUCGUUUGCGUGUGC